AUGGAUUGGAUAAUCAAGAAACACGAAGAGGAAAGGCGCGCUAGAAGUAAAGAGAAGAAAGAUAUGAUGGAUAUUCUUCUGGGAAUUGCAGAGGAUAAAAAUACUGAGAUAAAGCUCACUAGAAAUGGCAUCAAGGGUCUUUUCUUGGAUAUGUUCUUGGGAGGAACUUAUACAACAAGUGUUGCUUUGAAAUGGGCGCUCGCGGAGUUGCUAAACCAUCCAAAAACCAUAAAGAAGCUGCAACAAGAGAUUGACAGAAUAGUUGGGGUAAAAACAGAUUGGGAAGAUUGUGAGAUCAAUGGCUACAAAAUACUUAAAGAUUCUAGGCUUGUAGUCAACCUUUACGCGGUUAAUAGGGACUCAAAUGCAUGGGCUGAUGCAGAUGAUUUUGUACCAAAGAGAUAUCUUAACUUAAACGAGAACCUUGCGAUCGAGCCUGAUGAAUUGGAGGCCAUUAAAGAAGGCCAAAACUUUUGUUAUGUGCCAUUUGGUGGAGGAAGGAGAGGAUGCCCUGGUGCUGGACUUGCAACACCAAUAUUGCAUAGGACACUUGUGCAAUGA